AUGGCAUCUACACUUACGGAACCGAUCGAGACUCGACUGUUCAUCAACGGCGAGUUCCGAGAUUCAUCCAAUAAACAAACAUUCGAUGUGGUGUACCCUUACACCCAAGAGGUUGUCGCACAAGUCCAAGAAGCAACAACGCAGGAUGUCGACGAUGCCGUUGCGGCGGCUAGCGCAGCCUUCCCCGCCUGGCGAGACACAAGCAUCGAACAGCGAGGUUCAUACAUGCAAAAUCUCUCUAAGCUGAUUUUGGAGUCGAAUGCCGAACUCGCAAAGCUCGAGACACUAUCGAUCGGUCGUCCGGUCUCGGCAUUCUUCGAUGGCGCUAUGGCAGCUGACUACUUCAGCUAUUUUUCCACUGCCGCCUGGAGUGCGCAGGGUACAGCUAGUUUGAACACACCAGACCAACUGAGCAUGACAGUGAGACAGCCAUAUGGUGUGGUGGGACUCAUUAUCCCGUGGAAUUUCCCACUUGUCAUGUUCGCUGGAAAGAUUGCUCCUGCGAUCGCGGCAGGUAACACCGUUGUCUUGAAGAGCAGUGAGAAGGCGCCGUUGACAUCCAUCUAUGUAGCCAAGCUCAUUCAAAGGGCCGGUUUCCCACCCGGUGUGAUCAACAUCAUCUCCGGCCAUGGUGACCCAGCCGGCACAGCUCUGUCGUCGCACAUGAAGGUGCGCUGCAUCAGCUUCACUGGAUCCUCAAUCACAGGCCAAAAGAUCCAAGCCGCUGCCGCAAAGUCGAACCUGAAGCACGUUCUCAUGGAGCUAGGAGGCAAGACGCCCGCUAUCGUCUUUGAAGACGCAGACCUGGAUUCAGCUGCGGCACAAACGCAGUUCAGCAUCCAGUUCAACAGUGGCCAAAUCUGUACUGCGAACUCUCGCAUCUACGUGCAUGAAUCAGUUGCAAAGGAGUUCACCAAGUUGUUCCGUGAGAAGUUCGAGGCUGUUACAAUUGGAGAUCCGAUGGAUCCUACUACUUCUCACGGUCCGCAGAUCGAUGUCAAGCAAUAUAACCGAAUCAAGGAAUAUCUUGCUAUCGGCGAGAAGGAUGGCAAGCUCACCCUGGGUGGUGAUGCAAACGAUGGCUACUUCGUCAAGCCCACUAUCUUCGAGGGUGUCCCUUCGGAGUCGCGGUUGAUGCGAGAGGAGGUCUUCGGUCCCGUUGUGACUAUCACUCCCUUCUCCACUGAGACGGAGGCUAUUGACAAGGCAAACGAUACAGAAUUUGGUCUGUACGCCUCUGUUUUCACAAAGGAUCUUGAUCGGGCGAUCCGCUUGGCAAAGUCCCUUGAGGCAGGUACUGUUGGUGUGAACUGUACUAGUCCCACGGGUGCAAAGGACGGUGCCUUUGGUGGCUACAAGAUGAGUGGAAGUGGUCGUGAGGGUCUUCUGUACAGUCUUGACAGCUUCCUCGAGACGAAGAGCAUCGUUAUCAAGACAUCGAAGUUGUAA